UAGUAAUAAGCUUUUCAAUAGCAUUUAAUUACAAAGAGAAAUGGCAACCAAUCUGAGCAAUUUGAGCAAGUAUUGUUACCCCAUAAAUCAAAAUGCCUAUGCACAUAUACCUCCGCUAAUAACUGCAAUAAAAACUCCUAAAAUGAAUAGAGAGCCCAAAUGUUCAUUGAAGGCACAAAUUUCUCAUCCUCCAGAUGAGAGACGCUCUGCUAAUUACCAACCAUCUACUUGGAGCUAUAGCUUUUUGCAGUCCUUAAAGAAUGAUAACGCAGAUUUGUUGUAUAAAGACAAGGCAAGAAAGCUAGAGGAGGAAGUGAGAAGUGUAAUCAAUGAUGAAAGUAAGGAGUUUUUGACAAUUCUUGAACUGAUUGAUGACAUCCAAAGGUUGGGUUUGGAAUAUCUCUUCAAGAAAGACAUAAAGAAAGUGCUUGAUAGAUUCCAAGCUCUCGGAGGAUGUAAAGUUAUGUCCAAUAAAUCUCUUCAUGUUAUUGCUCUAAGCUUUAGACUCCUCAGACAACAUGGUUAUCAGGUUUCUGAAGAUGAAUUCAGGAAUUUCAUGGACAGAGAUGGUAAUCUUGAAGAAUGCUUCAAGAAGGAUGAGAAAGGAAUUCUAAGUCUAUUAGAAGCUUCAUUUUUCUCCUUUGAUAGAGAAUCUCUAUUAGACAAGGCAAUGACACAAACAAGAACACAUCUCAAUAACCUUACUAAGAGUAACUCAGACAUUAGCCAUGCUCUUGAGCUUCCGUUGCGCCGGAGAAUGGUUUUGUCGGAAGCACGGUGGUAUAUUGAAGCAUAUGGUAAAAGGGAAGAAGCAAAUCCGUUGUUGCUUGAACUUGGAAAGCUGAAUUUUAAUAUGGUGCAAUCUGUACUCCAAAGAGAUCUUAAAGAAAUGUCAAGGUGGUGGAACAAUUUGGAACUAGCAAAAAAUUUGAGGUUUAGUAGAGACAGAGUAAUGGAGUGCUUCUUUUGGACCUGCUUCUUUUGGACCGUUGGAAUGGCCUUUGAGCCACAAUUUAGCAGAUGUCGUAAAGGAUUAACAAAAGUGACUUCAUUCAUUACCACCAUUGAUGAUGUGUACGAUAUUUACGGCACUUUGGAUGAAUUGCAGCUGUUUACAGAAGCUCUUGAGAGAUGGGAUGUCAAUGCUGUGAAAGAUCUUCCAUAUUAUAUGAAGUUAAGUUUCCUUGCUCUAUAUAAUACUGUCAAUGAGAUGGCUUACGAUACUCUCAAGGACAAUGGAGAAAUUAUUAUUCCUCACCUGGCCAAAGCAUGGGGUGAUUUAUGCAAAGCAUUUUUGCAAGAAGCAAAGUGGGCCCACAACAAAUCUACACCGUCAUUUGAAGAAUAUAUUGAAAAUGGAUGGCGAUCUGUAUCAGGAACUGUUAUACUUAUACUUGCUUUCACCCUACUCAAUUACGAUCAACUCUUGAAAUGGCCAUCCCUUAUUUUUAGACUUUGCAAUGAUUUGGCCACUUAAUCGGAUGAGUUAAUUCGAGGUGAAACUGUAAAUUCAAUAUCGUGUUAUAUGCAUGAAUAUGAAGUUUUAGAGGAGGAAGCACGAGAACAUAUAAAUAAAUUGAUAGAGAAGGCUUGGAAGAAAAUAAAUGAAUGUGAAAUUGGUGAGACUCAGUUUGCAAAGCCUUUCAUUGAAGCAACUAUUAAUCUUGCAAGGAUUUCUCAUCUCACAUACCAACAUGGAGAUAGCAUUGGAGCUCCUGAUAGUAGAUCAAAGAGAAGAGUUUUGUCAUUGAUUAUUGAGCCUAUUUCUUUAAGCCAAAACUAAUGUUCUUACCACAUGCAUUAGGAUGUUUGUUAUAUAUAUAUUUUCUAUAGAUAAGUUUUAUAGAUGAAUUUAGAACUUAAUUAUUUUAACGAGUUGGGUAUGGGAUUAUUAUGGAUCCAUUGGGCUUGCGUCCAUCAGAAGUGCUUUGGGAUAGGUUUAUAAAUGGGCCAAGGCAUGUUUAGUUUGGACUUGAAUUCAGUUUGUUUAUACAGUUUGUUGUAUUUCAGUUUGGUUGAUGUAUAAUAAUUUUAACAAGUUGUUCGCUCUGAAA